CACCAAAUUAACAAUUGACUACUGAAAAGGUAGACAGAACAGGAAACUAGGCAACGGUAGUGUAAGAAGCAGGUCAAUAAGCGAGUGUGUGGUGGCCGCCCCCGAUAAGAUAUUGGAAUCAGCCAUCAGAUAGUGACAGGCGACAGCUGAAUCUGACCUCUGCUGCUGCUCACACAGGGGAUACAGCGGCACAGGACAGGAGAGACCCAUAGUGCAGGGUGUUGAGUGCGUGGUGGAGACAUUCCCGGUGUUGCAGUGUUCAGCCUUGGUCCCCCACAGUAACACAGCAACGACACUGAGACAGCCGUCCCUUGCGGUGGAUGGUCCCGUCGCGCCACCCCAAGGCGUCCCCCGGGCCAGACGAGGCGUUCCUCCCCAGCAGGCGGUAGCGGGCGGCGUCCCUGCAGCAGCACAGCACAUAGUAACAGCAGGGUCAGGGGUCGCUGUACCCCGGCCAGCAGAGAGCAGUGGGGUGGUGAGGAUGACCCCGCCCGACCUGGCUCCGCGCCCCUCACAGCCGCGGGCGGGAUGGGCGGCUGUGUAGGCGCCCCCAGGGAAACCACCCCCAGUACCGCCUCUCCUGGGGGGGGCGCCGCACCCCUGACAGGCAAGAAUGUCCCGCUCCGCCAUGAGAGGAUCCGCUGGAAGUCUGACAUGCCUCUCACGGAGAGCCAAGUGCGCAGCAAGCGGGAGGAGUUCUGGGACACAGCGCCGGCUUUUGAGGGUCGGCGGGAGAUCUGGGACGCUCUGAAGGCUGCGGCGCUGGCCAUCGAGACCCAUGACUACAACCUGGCCCAGGCCAUCAUUGACGGGGCCAACAUUACGCUUCCCAACGGUGCCUUGACAGACUGCUACGAUGAGCUGGGCACUCGAUACCAGCUGCCUGUGUACUGCCUCUCCUUCCCGCUCAAUAUCCUGCCACGCUCCCCAGAUAAGGAGGGACAUCCAGAGGCAGAGGGCAGCAUGGAAGGAGAGGCUCUGGUGUUAAGAGUCCGCCUCUCUACCACCAGCGUGGACACUCGCCUCACUGUGCGCUCCACCGACACCAUCGCCACCGCCAAGAAAAAGCUUGAUCUGCAGGAGUCACUGGAGGGAAGGAGACAGCGAUGGUUCUACUGUGGGAAGCUGUUAGGUGACCGGCUGUUGAUUUGUGAGUGCAACAUUCACCCAAGCUUCAUAAUUCAGGCCAUCAUAUCUGAAGAGGCUCUGACUGCUGUGGGAAGCUGAGGGGAUGGAGGAAGGGAUGGAUGGAUGGAUGGAUGAAGGGUGAGUGUGUGUGUGUGUGUGUGUGAGAGGGAAGGACUGAGAGAGAGAGAGUUAGAGAAUAAUUUUGGAUUUUGGUUUGUAAGUGGUGGAUUAUUUGGAGAGAGAGAGAGAGAGAGAGAGAGAGAGAGAGAGAGAGAGAGAGAGAGAGAG